GUAUCCAACUAUCCAUUGCUUUGCUGAAAUCAGUGGAUCGAUAGAUACAUCGUUUUGGCCUUCGAGGCAUACACGCUUGCAGAGGAAACGAACGUAGAUUCUGCAAUUGAAAACUAAUCAUGUCAACUGUCUUCUCAGCUGGAACCCUUUCCCCUCUACGGUCGCUAUCCUCUACACUAAAAUUUUCUGAUGUUUACCCUUUCAAAUUUCAUCCAAAUGGGUACCAUCCAAUUCUCUCCAAAUCCAGGUCACAGUCCCUAAUUGCCAACUCUUUGCUAUCUGAUAAGUUUCCGACGGUGGCUGCCCCAUCAGUAGGGCCUAUUCCUCCGUCUCAGCUCAUUGAAGUCGUUAAAACUGCAGCAAAUACUGGCGCUCAGGUUGUGAUGGAAGCAGUCAAUAAGCCUCGAAAUAUUACAUAUAAAGGAUCAACUGACUUGGUGACCGAGACUGAUAAAAUGAGUGAAGCUGCCAUAUUAGAAGUGGUGAAAAAGAAUUUUGAUGAUCAUCUUAUUCUUGGGGAAGAAGGAGGAGUUAUAGGAGAUACGGCAUCUGAUUAUCUCUGGUGCAUCGAUCCUUUAGACGGAACAACAAACUUUGCACAUGGUUAUCCGAGCUUUGCUGUCUCUGUUGGAGUUCUAUAUCGAGGGAAGCCUGCUGCUGCUGCAGUGGUUGAGUUUGUAGGAGGUCCUAUGUGUUGGAAUACUCGCUUAUUCUCUGCAACUGCAGGUGGUGGAGCAUUUUGUAAUGGCCAAAGGAUUCAAGUGAGCGCAACUAAUCAGGUGGAACAAUGUCUUCUAGUGACAGGCUUUGGGUAUGAUCAUGAUGAUGCAUGGGCUACUAACAUCGACUUAUUCAAAGAAUUUACAGAUGUCAGCAGGGGUGUAAGACGGCUUGGUGCAGCUGCUGUGGACAUGUGUCAUGUAGCAUUAGGAAUUGUAGAAGCUUAUUGGGAAUAUCGUCUAAAGCCAUGGGAUAUGGCUGCUGGUGUUUUGAUGGUUGAAGAAGCUGGUGGCACAGUUUCUCGGAUGGAUGGAGGAAAAUUUUGUGUUUUUGAUAGAUCUGUUUUGGUUUCGAACGGCCUGCUCCAUACAGAGCUUUUGAACAGAAUUGGACCUGCAACAGAGAAAUUAAAAAACAAGGGAAUUGAUUUUUCAUUGUGGUAUAAACCGGAGAACUACAGGGCAGACGUUUAAGGUACCAAAUAAUUGCUUUUGUUCACUGGAACCGUCAUAGACUUUUAUUCUCUGUAUUUUGCGUCAAACACAGUAAUUUCUAUGAUAACAUCCAUUUAUCGUUCUACUUUAAACCCACUAGUGUUAUGCUUACUUUUACGUUUUCA